AUGGAAUAUUUUAAAAAUGGAUGGCCUGCAAUUAAUACAAUUAAUGAUGACAGUAGGCUCUAUUUCAACCAGAGAAAUGAGAUUAUUGUAGAGGAAGGAAUCGUCUACUUACAACACAAAAUUAUUAUACCAUAUAAAGCGAGGCCAACAAUUCUAAAGCUAUUACAUGAAAGUCAUACGGGCAUUGUAAAAUCAAAAAAUCGAGCUAAAAAUAUCUUUUAUUGGCCGGGCAUGCUAAACGACAUUGAACAGCAUAUAAUAAGCUGUAAGACUUGUGAAAUAUAUAGAAGUGGAAACAGGAAAAAUAAAUUAAUAUACCAUGAGAUACCUAAUCUACCCUUUGAAAAGGUAGCAACUGAUGUAUUAAGUCAUGGAAAUACUGAUUAUUUAGUACUAAUAGACUAUUAUUCAAAGUGGAUUGAGUUAAGGAAACUCAAAAAUAAGACUGCAAUACAUAUAAGUAAGAAAUUGAAAGGGAUCUUCAGCAGAUUCGGUAUUCCUAGAGUACUAGUAGCUGACAAUAUGCCAUUCAAUUCUCACCAAUUUCAGUCCUUUGCAAAGCUGUGGAAUUUUAAAAUAGUGACAUCAAGUCCAGAAUAUGCUCAAAGUAACGGCUUGGCUGAAAAAGCUGUUCAUAUAGCAAAACAAAUUUUGAAUAAAUGCUUAAGAGAUCAAAAUGAAAUAGAAAUAGCUCUUUUGGAGUACAGGUGUACACCGGUAGGAAAUCUAGGGGUGGCACCUAGUGAAUUACUGAUGAGUAGGCUGUUACGAACUAAAUUACCUACAGCUGAUAUUAAUUUAAAACCUAGAGUUCAGGAUAUCAAAGAUAAACAAAUUAAAAUACAAGAGGGUUACAAGGCUUGGUAUGAUAAAAAGGCAAACAGAAAAGAAAUAGAAUUAAUAAAAGGACAAACAGUAAUGGUUAAAAAAAAAUAUGGAUGGGUACCCGGUGUAGUUGUAAAGAAGGCGGAAACGCCAAGAUCAUACAUAAUAAAACAAGAAAAUGGGAGAAUAAUUAGAAGGAACCUAUAUCAUUUGAGACCCAGUAGAAAUAAAUUUGUACAAAAAAGUUGUAACAUGGCAUAUUAUUGGGAUGACUCAACUAAUAAUGUUACAGAAGGAAUUGGUGAAACACAAAAUGCAGAGAAUGAAGGGGAUCAGGAAGUAAGAGCACAAAUUAAUCAAAAAAUAGAAAUAAGGAAGGAAAUUAAUCCAAAAGAAAAUGAUGAGGGCCAAAAUUACACAAGAAGUGGUAGGUCUGUGAAACCACCUAAAAGAUAUAGCCCUUAA